UCGAGUCAGUCAAGUGCCAGCCCUUCGAGCUAACGAUUCGGGAUUGGAAUCUCAAUAGAAGUCAGUGUCAUGAAAGUGCCAGGCGGGCUGUCAAAACCCGAACUCUUCGCCACAGGACUCUGUGUCGCCUUACUGUCAGUGGCCCUCUCAAACGCUCUCGACUGCUAUGUGUGCAGCUACUUGGACGGGGACAGUGAUGCCUCGUGUGUGAACAACGCCAGUGCGGUUAGAGUGCUCAACUGCACCAAGAAAUACUGCCUAACGGUGCGGCUGGAGCUGAAGCGCAAUGCCAGCAAAGUGAAAUCCUUUUUGAGGGACUGCCAGGACGAGCCUUUGAUUAAACAUGGAACUAUGCCAGACGAAACCAUUCGCGCCUACUACACAUCAUGCAGGCAGAACCUCUGCAAUGGCCACAACGGCAGGACAGACAACUCCACAGGAGGAGCUGAUGGCAGUGGCGCCCAGAAUGCCAUCAUUCCGGGAAAGAGUUCCGGGCAACAGAUCAGUUGGCCUUGGUUACUAAACCUCUUAUGGUUUCAACUGAUUUUUUUAAAUUAAUUACAUUUAGGACUAUUAGUAAGUUGUAAGGAUAAAGGGUACUAUUGUUAUUUAAAGCAAUUAAAGUCCUUAAAGACUUCCAA